AUGCUUUAGUUACGUGAGCAAAUUUUUACAGGUUACCUAAUAAGGUAAAGUCCUUUUGCAGCAGCAUGCUAGGGCAGAUUUUCGUUACUCGGAAGGAGGUGUUGAAGGAAUGUCAGCUUUGUUGGCGUGACAAGCAGUGUGGAUUUGUCAUAAGGUUCGGUUUUUACCGUUAAAAAAAACAAUGGUGCAGAAAGACACCUCGUGGUGUGCGGGGCUUCCCUGGUGUCUCUGUCAGACUAGCAGUUUAGCGUUGAACGUGAACAAAUCCACUCUCCAGCUGAUGAUACUGAUGAUAAGGCAUGGCUAUGCGGAAGCUCCUGCAGGAAGUCCAGCUUUUCUUAAAAAAAAAAAAAAGUUGUUUAAGCUAGGCAGCUAGCCAUGCAGCUGUAUGCUUUUAUUUAUUUCACAGGGUAGCACAAUUAUUAGAUUUGAUGACAGUGCUACUGGGACAAACUGGUUUCCAUAUGUGGUAACGUUACAAAAAAAGGGGCAGUGGUGUUUGCGUUUCACCGGGGCGAAACCUACUGACCAAAGCAUGAGUCGCCUGGGAGUGUAGGGGCGUGUGCGGAGCUAAUAGUACCAUUAGUGUGACUGAUGCUAAGCCACGCAGGUUAUCACACAGCUGACCUACGGUGCAGAUAAAUACAGAAAAUGGAGGACUCCAACAGCAACAAGCCAUUCAUGGUGACAUCCUCUCUGAACUUCAAAGUCACCACCCCUUCCUUCUACAACCAGCCAAAGAAGUUUGCUUCUGUGGCCCCCCCACGACCCAAAAGUCAGACACCUCCCUCAGCUCCAUCACCAACACCAGUAGGCACAGGUGUUAUUGGCCGAGUUGGAGACCUGCCUCCACCGCCCCCUUCACUCUGUUAUGACUUCCCACCCCCUCCUCCUCCACUGGAUGAUGAUUUGCCAGCCCCUCCCCCUGAAUGCUCCACCAUUCCCACUGCCUCUGAUGCUCCCCCUCCCGCGUUCCCCGCUCCACCUCCGGUGGCAGAUGACCUGCCCCUCCCAGCUCCCCCGGAGGAGAGCCGCUGUCCACCCACCUGUCCCUCUCCCCCUCCUCCCCCUCCUCCUCCACCUCUCCCUGCCUCCAGUACCAAUGCUUUCAGUUCUUCGGGGACCCCACAGAGAUUCACGGAGAAGCAGACAAGUUUUGAUAAACAGCUCAACUCUCUGACUGGCAUGUUGUCUGAGAUGGAGACCAAGGGACCUUUCCACCCCAAGAUACCAAGCCAGUAUUCAUCAGCACCCAAGGUCUCAGCUCCUCCAACCGCUCCCAAACCAGCCCUUUCCUUCCUCCCACCUCCCGAGAUGGGCGAUCGCCCUCCUCCUGCGCCCUGGGCAGAAGAACUCAAAGCCAGAACGAACCGACAGGGCAAUCACAACGCUGCGCCAAACUCUGCCGCUCAGUCUUUCGCUAAAGCGCCGGCCGUGGCUCCCAAGUCUGGAUUCGGAGGAAGAACGACGACAUCAUCAGCUUCUCUGGCGCAAAAAAUCAACCUGAACCUGAACCAGACACCCACCGCUGCCAGCAGUGCACCUAAGCCUUCCCCUCCCAUAGCUACUUGCUCUUUCCCUCCACCUCCUGCGGCUCCGCCUGCACCUCCUGCUCCACCAAAUAACAUGGCCACUGCACCGGCUGCUAAUCACGUAAAGAGUUCUCCCUUUGCCAGUCAGAUGAACGCAAACCAAAACACUCCUUCUGCUGUGCCACCUCCUCAACCCAAAACGAUGGCAUCUCCGCCCUCCUCCUUUAACCAGCCAAUGAAAACUACCCCUGCAUCGACGCCCUCACCCCCGGGCCCAGUUCCUAGUGCAGGUGGAGGUGUUCCUCUGAACAUGAAAGAAGUGGAGGAGCUGGAGAGGAUGACCAAGGACUUCAUUAGAAACAUGGACGCGAACCCACCUCUCAUCACCUCCCCUCCUACAGAGGUUUGUGGAAAAUGUGGUGAGGCUCUCUCCCGUACUCAGCCAGCAGUGAGGGCCAUGGAUAAACUCUUCCACUCCACCUGCUUCUGUUGCAUGACCUGUCACCGCCCCCUGCAGGGCAUGCAGUUCUAUGACAGGGAUGGUUCACCACAGUGUGAGGACUGCUACGUGAGCUCCCUGGCUGUGUGUUCUCGAUGUGGGGAGAAGAUCACAGACCGUGUGUUGAAGGCAGUUGGACAGUGUUUCCACGCCCACUGUUUCCGCUGCAGCACCUGCUCUUGUGUACUUGAGGGGGCACCCUUUAUCACUGAUGACAACAACAACCCCUACUGUGUCCAGGAUUACCACAGGCGUUUCUCCCCUAUGUGUGUGAGCUGUAAUGAACCCAUUAUUCCAGCCCCGGGCAGCGAGGAGACGGUCAGAGUGGUAGCUCUUGACAAGAACUUCCACCUCAAGUGUUACCGCUGUGAGGACUGUGCUCGCCCUCUCUCCAUAGAAGCAGAUGAAAAUGGCUGCUAUCCUCUGGAUGGCAAGAUCCUGUGUAUGAAGUGCCACACCCAACGAGCCAAGCAGGCCGCGCACUGAUUGGCUAAAGCAGCAUCACUCAGUGUAACAAUGAACCAAAAGCACAGGAUUCACCCAGCUGCAGAUUUUUUGCCUUUGCGACAGGGCUUUGUUCAGUAUAUGUGCGCAGGUGUGUGGGUGAAUGUUCAGCGUGAAUAUGUAUGUUUGCAUGCAGAUAAAGUGUAGUGUUUCCUUCGUCUUUGUUCACUUUAUUCAGUGCAGAGGUAAUGUACUGCACCGAAAUUGGUUUUAUUCCACAUCUCCUAUUCUCCAAUCGCCCAUCUCGCCUUCUUUGUUACUAGAGCCUUUUUUUUUUUGGGGUGCCAAUUGUAUGUUUACGCUAAAAAUUACCAGCAGAACUUGCACAAGAACAGUUGGGUCAAAAGAACAGUCUGAUAAAUAUAAAGUUGCCUUUCUCUGUUUCUUGCCUAGAUGUUGGUAGUAGCAUCAUAAACUGGUUCCACUGGCUGUAUUCUUUCUCUUUGAGCAUUUUAACUAUGCUUUUUGUGCCUGAGACCGAGGAGUGUAAGAAACCUCCAAAUUGACAGUCAUGCAGAUGUCACCAUCCUCGUUGCCUGAGAGUAGAGUACAUCUUUUAGAUUUCGGUAGUUGUUACACAGCCAGGCAUGAUUAAUGACGCUUUCCUGCCUAGAAAGUACUUCAUAUCAGCUAGUCUACUCCUAAUAGCAUUUUAAAGUCGCGUAGGGCUUUAAGGCAACAGCAAAAAGAAAAAUGGUGAAUAUUGCUUUGAGUUUUUGUGAUGUGAAUUUAAUGCUUUACAGGCAUGCAUUGAAUUAACUCUUGUUGCUCUCGCUACUCGAUGAUAUUGUAUAAGGGCAAGAUGAGAACAAAAAUCAGCUUUUUUUUUUUUUUUUUUCUCCUACAAAAUAGUUUAGAGCUGAUUGAACCAUGCUAAGUAUUUUUAGAUGCAUGCUUUGUGGACGGCGAGAUUUCGUACAAACAAACGAGCACAGAUUUCCCGAGCACAGACUCCAUCCUGGGGAUCUCACAAUCAAAAGUCAGCUGAUAGUUACUUUUAACUAUCAGCUGUAUGGUUGAAAACGGGACCUAUCAAGUAAUUUCACUGUGCAGGGGCCAUUUUAUUCAAAGUCAUACUGAGAGCAUUUUACACAUGUGUAAAUAAAAUUGCCCCUGCACAAGGUCAUUGUAAGCAAAUAGAAACAAAACACCAGUGUUUGAUGUGCAUUUAUUAUUAUCUCUUAGCUUAUAAGCUUUGUAUGAUAUAAAUCAUGGUCCUGUUUUUCCUAAGUAUUAAGGUUGCAUACGCAGCAGUACUAAAAUAACCUGUCCUGACAGCAGGGCGAUAGAAAUGUAGAGGCAUUUCAGUUCUAGGUAGCAAUGUUUAAAAACACAGACCAAAUCUUUCUGUUUAGAGCUUAAGAUCAAUAAAACGGUUACAUGGGAUUUGAUGUUGUAACAUUCAAGCGUGGUUUUUGUUUGUUUGUUUGUUUGUUUGUUUGACCUAAGUUUCUCCCGUUGCCAUGAUUACCACUAUUCUUGCCAUUACUUAACUUUUGUACGUUUAGUCUGUUCGUGUUGGUUAUAUACUAUUUUAUUCUUUUCUUGCUGUUCUGUAUUUUGCUAAUUAAAGCUUACAUUUAUUUGGUUUCAUUUUAA